AUGGCGGCGAUGGCGGCGAAGUCUGUAGCGAACGACGCCACCUCCAACGAGGGGCCAGUGCUUGAGGGGAAGGAAGCCAUGGCGGACCACUGGAGCUGCACGCCGUCUGGGCUGCAGGCGGCCCUGGACUCCUACGGCUGGGUGAUGCACCUGGGGCCUUUCUCCGUGGGCCGGAACGGCGUCGACGUCAAGCCUCAGCUCAAGUUCGGCGGACAGGUCGGCAACGUCGUCGCCGAGGUUGGCAUGGGCGACGUGCGCGAUGGCCUGCGCUUCGAGUCUGGCGUGAGGGCGUUCGCCGAGGCGGAAGGGUCGGGGCACUCGCUGGAAGAGCUCCACGCGGACGUUCGACGGCGCCUCGGUGAGAAUGCCGCUUCGAUGGGUUCGGCCAUCGGCGCGAUGGCGAAUUCCGCCAAGGUGGACGAGGUGCUAGAGGCGGCCAGCAGGGUCCUGGGCAGCUCCGCGAAGGGCCUCGGCUCGCGCACAGGCGAGAUUGCCAGGAGGCUGGGCGUGGACGCGGCGGACCUCGACCGCACGCUCGCGGGCGAGGCCGCCAGCGGCGGCGAGGCCAACUUGGGCGGGGAGAGGCCGCCCAUGACCCUGAGGGUGCGGGCGUCGACCGGCCUCGGCGCGAGCUGCCAGGUGUCCCUGGGCUGGUGCGACACCAGCGGCUACCACAUGGUGGGGCUCGGCAUGGAGGCGGUCGCGCUGGUCUCCACGGGUGGGAACCUGUUCGCGGGGCGCCACAGGAGCGGCGUCGGGCUGAAGAUCCUGCUGGGCGUCUCGAAUUUCAUGCUGGAGUACACCUUCCCUGGCGCCAGGCCCGCCGGGGCGCCGCAGGGGGCGCCGAGGGGCCUUCCGGCGGCAGCGCAGCAGGGCCCCCUGCUGCCCGCCGGCGCAGACGCCGCCGGCGCGGGCAGCGCGGGCGCAGCCGGGGGCGGCGCAGAGCGGGCCGAGGGCCCCCUUGCCCGGUGA